AUGCCUGCAACUCGUAAACAUCUUCAUAUUUCGAAGCCACGUCAUUUACCAACAAUUCCAUUAGUGUGUUUCGAUGUGACUCAUGAUCCAAUCGCUAAAAUUGAACGUAGUCUACGUGUAUCUAUUGCAAAUAUUGAUCAAAACGAUGAUCCAAAUCUUGUCAUUCAACAAUUAACCAACAACAUUUCUAAUCUAAAACUGCCAAAGAAAUGGGGAACAAUAGACACUACUACUCUGUAUUAUCGUAUAGGUACUUGGAAAGAUUCUCUACAUCAUGAUUUAAAAAAUGAAAUAUCUUAUAAAUCGUUUUGGGAUGAAUUUUCAAAGAGAAAAUCGGAAGUCCAAUUAAUUGUAUACACUAGACAACCUGCUAUAAAUACACCACUUACUCCAAGAAAAAGCCCGCCAAGAUUACAACAAAUUCCAGGUCUUGAUUAUAAUUCAGGUUGA